CACCUUUCUCUUUCGCUGACACCAACACACAGGUAGAUACGUUCCCCGUGAAAAACGAAGAGAGAGCCUCAUUUGGCGGGAGCGACCCUCAUCGAAAAGCGAAGGCGCAGUAGCAGGAGCUGAUACGGGGAGAUGAGCCCCUUCACCGCCUGUUCCUCAGCUGGUUUUCUCUCCAGAGCCAUUGGAUCAUAUACCUUCUGUUUUCUGUCCACAGUCCACACUAAAUAGUGACCUUGUGUGAACCCACUCCUGAAACUGUGGUGAUGGAGCCUCCCAGAGCAGACAGCGUCCUGGAGUCUUCCUGUGGUGCAGGAGACAGCGCAGCCUCUCUUGAUGACGUCGCUGUGGAUACAGCCAAUGAGUCUUCAGAGGAAGAGUCCACAGGGGAAAGGGAAGAGGAGAUUGGUGCCCCUAAUGGAGUCACCAGCAGCACCAAGACUACAGAGGUCCCUGCUGGGCAGACCUCAAACACACAAACAGUGAACGCUCAGCGCCCAAACUCCUUGUCGGUGCCGGCAGCAGCAGAGCCCAGCCUGUGGACAUCACAGGGCGAUGCGGAGGUGAAGCUAAGGAUGGAGGACUCUGGCCUGGCCGCUGAACCCCCCCUCACUAUCAACCAAAUGUUCACCUCAGCCGUGGAGCGCUUUGGUGACUAUACAGCUCUGAGCUGGAAGGAGGGCGAGCAGCAGAAGAGCCUGAACUACAAAGACUACUACCAGGACUGCCGCACCGCCGCCAAGAGCUUCCUCAAGCUCGGUUUGCAGCGCUACCACGGCGUCGGCAUCCUGGGCUUCAACUCGGUGGAGUGGUUCGUUGCUGACAUUGGAGCCAUCUUGGCAGGUGGUUUUGCUGUGGGGAUCUAUACCACCAACUCUGCUGAGGCGUGUCACUAUGUAGCAGAAAACUGCAAGGCCAAUGUCAUCGUGGUGGAGAACCACAAACAGCUGCAGAAAAUCCUUCAGAUUGAAGACAAGCUUCCACACCUAAAAGCCAUUAUCCAGUACAAAGAUGCACUAAAAGAGAAGAGGCCCAAUCUGUACACAUGGGCGGAGUUCAUGGAGCUCGGCCGUGACGAGCCUGACGCUCCCCUCGAUGCGAUUAUCUCCAGCCAGAAGCCCAAUCAAUGCUGCACGCUCAUCUACACCUCAGGAACCACAGGCCAGCCCAAAGGAGUCAUGCUGAGCCAUGACAAUCUAACAUGGACCGCGCUCUCCACCAGCCGUCACGUGCGCCUGACAGACGCCACCCAGGCUCAGGAGUCAGUGGUUAGCUACCUGCCGCUCAGCCACAUCGCGGCUCAGAUGGUGGACAUCUGGGUCACCAUGAAGGUCGGAGGGGCGACCUACUUCGCUCAGCCAGAUGCUCUCAAGGGCUCUCUGGUAAACACCUUGAAGGAGGUGCGUCCCACAGCUUUCAUGGGCGUCCCGCGUGUAUGGGAAAAGAUGCAAGAGAAGAUGAAAUCUGUCGGAGCAAAGUCUUCGACUGUGCGCAGGAAAGUGGCUGCCUGGGCCAAAGAUGUCGGUCUGCAGACUAAUCUCUCCAAGCUGACCCAAAACGGAGCAGUUGGCCGCACGCCGUUCAGCUAUCACAUAGCCAGAAAGCUUGUGUUCAAAAAGGUGCGUAAGGCCCUGGGCUUGGACCGCUGCAACAAGUGCUACACAGGCGCUGCACCUAUCACCAAAGACACUUUGGAGUUCUUCCUCAGCCUGGAUAUUCCUCUGUACGAGCUGUACGGCAUGAGUGAGAGCACCGGACCUCACACCGUCUCCCUCCCUGAUGCCUUCAAGCUCACCAGCUGUGGUAAAGAGAUCCCAGGGUGCAAGACGAAGCUGCACAACCCAGACGAGGAGGGAAACGGGGAGAUCUGCUUCUGGGGUCGCCACGUCUUCAUGGGUUACCUCAACAUGCCUGAGAAGACGGAGGAGGCUCUGGAUGCAGAGGGCUGGCUGCACUCAGGUGACCUGGGAAAACACGACGAGAGCGGAUUCCUCUUCAUCACAGGGAGAAUUAAAGAGCUGAUCAUCACAGCUGGAGGAGAAAACAUCCCUCCUGUUCCCAUCGAGGACGCGGUGAAAGAGGCCGUGCCGCUGAUUAGCAACGCCAUGCUGAUCGGAGAUAAGAGGAAGUUUCUGUCUAUGCUGCUCACCAUUAAGUGCCAGGUGAACCCCGAGACAGGCGAUCCAGAGGACGAGCUGUCACCAGAGGCCGUGGAGUUCUGCAGGAGGCUGGGCAGCAACGCCACGCGUGUUUCUGACAUCGCAGGCGGCAAAGACCGGGCGAUCCACACCGCCAUCCAAGAAGGAAUCAACAGAGUCAACCAGAAUGCAACCUCCAACGCUCAGCGCAUCCAGAAGUGGAUCGUUCUGGAUCAGGACUUCUCCGUUGGUGGAGGAGAGCUGGGUCCUACCAUGAAGCUGAAGCGUCCGGUGGUGCUGAAGAUGUACAAGGAGCAGAUUGAGAACUUUUACAAAGAGCUGGCGACUCCGACGACUCCUGACAACCCGCUGCCUCCCAAGUAGAGCUGCUCCUCCACCUGCAGGGAGAUCCAGACUGUCUGUUAACAUGCAGACACACUCCACCUCAUUCGUGCAACCUCUCUCUGUCGCCAUCGUUUGUUUUUUUUUUCCUCUUGUACACGUUCUGAUUGCCUUAAUUUUUUUUUUCAUUUUUGUUCUGUCUUGGUUUACAUUUGUGGCAAGAGAAUUGAGAAGAAGCCAUUGUAAAAUAGCUUUAUGAUUUUGAAGAUUCAAUAAGCUGAAUUCAACUAUUUAUUUGUGUUAUUGGAAUGAGCACUAAUAUCCGAUAGAUGAAGUGGCAGCAGCUGUAUGUAAGAAGAAUUUAUUGUGCUGUAAUACUUGAGGGAAAAAACAAAAAAAAACGAAAAAACGACAUCAAACAAAGACAACGCAUUUAUAGGAUUUUUGAAGGAGUAAUUUGUGUUUUUUGAAUAUGUUUUUCUUUAUUUAUUUUCAGUCUGCCAAAGUUUACAUGGGCAUAUAGAGCUUCAAAUGAAGAAGCAUUUCUAAGAAAACACUUCAUAUGAAAAUUCAGCAACCAUAUCAAAUGUUUACUGGCCUUUUACAUGUACUUGGUGGUUUUUCUCUGCUCUUUACCAGCCUGGGUUUAAAGACAAUAAUCAUUUAUUUUGUACACGAGUUCAAAAAAAGUCAAAUGUUUUUCUUCAAAGGUAGACGCAGCCGUAGACACGAAUAGAAGUUUAUCUCAUAAAUAAGCAUCCAAAUUGCGUUUUUCAUGCUGUGUGAACACGUCAUUUAAGCCAUACAUUUUGCUUUUUGUAACUGUAAAGUCAAACUGUUGUUCUGUGUGCCGACUCGUUGCAGCCUACACACCCGCCUGGUAAUGUUGAAACGUUUUCUAAACAGUCCGUCUGUGUGUAGACCCGCUGUGAUUUUGUCAAUUGUAUUGUAAAUACCUUUUGCCUACAUGUCUCACUUAUCUUUAUUUAAUUUUAUGUUAUGUUUCGGUUGAUUUUUUUUUUUUUUUUAAAGCCUAGAAAUCUCAAAAAAAAACAAAAAAAAAAGAAAGUUUUUGCACUCGCAUACUGAUAAUGUGUAACAGGAUUGGAAAAUGUACAUAAUUUAGGUGAGAAAGGCAAAUAUAUCAGUCGCAUUAAACUGCCCUUAUUGGUCUGUCGCCAUACCUUAU